AUGAAACGUCAGAGGGAGGGAGAGAGAGAGGAAGAGAGAGGUCAUCUACUUUUGGUUCAGAAACGAGAUAAAGACGAAAAAGAUGAAGGGAGCAAGGAGGUACAGGAAGCUUUGGGAGUCUUUGUGAUACUGGUUGAUGAGAAAAGCAGCAAAGGUAAAACUAUAAAAAGUGCACGUAGUGAACAGGUUCCGUUGAGAAUUUCAAAAGCAGCAAAGUUGAAAUUACAAAAGGUGUAUGUAGUGAACAGGUUCCGUUGUAAAGUUUAUUCGCAAAAUUAUGCAUUUGUCGGUUUUGCAACCCUGCUAAAAUCUAUGCAGUUUAAAAUUAGUGGAAAGGAAACGAGCAUAGUGUCUCUGUCGCUUCUAGCGAACUCUCCCAAGCCUGAGGGGCAGGAGGAGAACGCUCAGAAGCGAGCUCCCCAAGCCGGGAAGCAAGAAAGAAAAAGCGGGUCCGACACUGCUGCGGGGAAGCGGCUUCUGUUCCAGUAA